CAAAACUCAGCGGGAGGUGAAGCCGCUGUACUUCCUGUCGCUAGUAGUUGUGCGAAGCGGGCGCGUGGAGAGAUGUAAAGAUGGCGGAGCUGCAGAUGCUGCUGGAGGAGGAAAUUCCAGCGGGUCGCAGAGCGUUACUGGACAGUUUCACCAACCUCGAAAGAGUCGCCGAAUACUGCGAAAGUAACUACGUACAGUCUCCAGACAAGCACGUCGCUCUAGAGGAAACCAAGAACUACACCACUCAGUCCCUGGCCAGCGUAGCCUACCUGAUCAACACGCUCGCCAACAAUGUGCUCCAAAUGCUCGACAUCCAGGCGUCCCAGCUGCGCCGCAUGGAAUCCUCCAUCAACCACAUCUCACAGACGGUGGACAUCCAUAAAGAAAAAGUGGCGAGACGAGAGAUCGGCAUCCUCACCACCAAUAAGAACACCUCCCGCACGCAUAAAAUCAUUGCUCCAGCCAAUCCCGAGAGGCCGGUGCGGUACAUUCGCAAACCUAUCGAUUACAGCGCGCUGGACGAUAUUGGUCAUGGAGUGAAGUGGUUGCUUAAGUUCAAGGUCAACACCCAGAACAUGAAGAUGGGCAGCCUUCUUCGCACCACGCCUCCCACACAGAAACCUCCCAGCCCGCCGAUGCCAGGCAAAGGCACCAUAGGGAGACACUCCCCCUACAGAACACUUGAGCCAGUGCGGCCUCCUGUGGUGCCUAAUGACUAUGUCCCAAGCCCCACACGCAAUAUGGCGCCCAUCCUGCAGCAAAGCCCUGUACGCACGGCAUCUGUUAAUCAGAGGAACCGCACUUACAGCAGUGGGAGCAGUGGUGGCAGUCAUCCCAGCAGCCGCAGCAGCAGUCGUGAAAACAGCGGGAGCGGCAGUGUAGGUGUUCCCAUCGCUGUGCCCACACCCUCUCCACCCAGCGCCUUCCCAGCUGCUAGUGCCAGCACGCCAUCAGCUCCAACUAACUCCACUCAGCCUUCUUUCACUUCCUCUAAUUUAACCCCCACACAACCCUCAGUCAACCCCACCUCAGUCCCUGAAUCUCUCGACUCCACUGAGAGCUCUCUGACCCCAGAUAAAGACUCUCCUACCUCCCAGCCACCCCUCACUACAGCUGCAGCUAGUGCUACAUCCAACACCGACCCUGGGACAGGUGUCCCUCAGUUCUACAGCAUGAACAGGCCCGUCCCCAGACAGAUCACACCCACAGUGGGAGGUUCGUUGCCGUAUCGCAGGCCACCCUCAAUCACGGGUCAGGCUUCCAUGCCCUCCAGCCAGCAAAACGGAGGGCCGCAUUACAAUCAGAACCAAGCCUCAGUGGCCCCCCCUCCCCCCUCCGUACUGCAGAUCACACCCCAGCUUCCACUGACGGGUUUUGUGGCUCGCGUACAGGAAACCAUUUCAGAUGCACCUCCCCCACCUCCCCCUUCAGAAGAGCCGGUGUUUGAGGAGACACAAAAUCCAGCUCCUCCUCCAGAAGAGUAUGAGGAAGAGGAGUCUUCUGUGGUGGAGUACAGUGACCCUUACGCUGAAGAAGACCCACCAUGGGCUCCACAAACUUACCUGGAGAAAGUGGUGGCAAUCUAUGACUACACGCAAGACAAGGAAGAUGAAUUGUCUUUCCAAGAGGGGGCCAUCAUCUAUGUCAUUAAAAAGAAUGAUGAUGGCUGGUAUGAAGGUGUGAUGAGUGGUACUACAGGACUCUUCCCUGGAAACUACGUCGAGUCCAUCAUGCACUACACGGAGUGAGCGUGUCCUCUCUCUCCUCCACCCCCCAACGCCCACCAGCGCUAAUCUUACACUGCAGAAGAGUGCAUGUGUGCAUACAAACCAUGCUAAUAACAGGUCCUGUUCAGAGACGAGUGGUGCGACUGAAAAGGGGAAGUGAUAUGAAGCUGAACAUCUAGAUGUUACAGACCAGACUUUUGCACCACGGACUGAGAAAACUAUUAUAGAAAUAAAAUUAUAUUAAUAAAAGCCAACAAUAUGUUUACUUUACCUUGAAUGAAGGAUAUGGUGUUUGAAGUUCAGGAUAUGCAUAAGCUAGAUUUGGAGUGGUUACAUUGUCUGUUUUUCCAUAUUUCAUAACCUGUCCUCAUUCCACAGCAUUGCAGUGUUUUGGAAGGCAGCACUGGGGCUGACUGAUGUCUCUGAAACGGAUUUAUUUUUUGAAUGGCCUGAGGUGGGUUUAUGGUGUGUUUUACAGCGAGGUCACAUUCAAAAAGGGAAUUCAUUACAAUCAUAUUGUAUUUUGAGGAAAAAGGAAAGUGUGGAACUGAACAGAAAGUGUGAAUAUUGAGAAGUUGCUUUCUAUUUAUUUCAUGUUUGACAGUUUAAGGUUAUUUUUAAUUUGAGUCUCUGUAAAAUGUUUUUUUUUUAAUAAUUGUUUGAUUUAUAUCUUUACUCUCCCAUCUAAGAGAAUCUGUUUCAGCCAGUUUGCUGAAAUAAUAGUAAAUAUUUGUGAGACCAAAGUUAAUUCAUGGUGUCUUUGCAGAGUCUGACUCGUUUGCAUAAAGGUCUCGCUUUACUUUAACUAUCAUUAAAUAUUUCAUUCAUUUAUGGAUCCACUUUAAUACUUUUUCCCUUAUGAGAAUCAGUCAGCCCUGACACACAUGCAGUACUAGACAUAUCUAAUAACCCCAUGAACUUUGGAACGGUUUUACUUUUUUGUUUUACAUCUAAAUAUUGUGUAGUGAUGCUAACCAAUUGGUUAUUUAAGUGUAUGUAGUGCUUCAUAGACUGCAUGCUUAAUAAAACAAACCAUAUUUACA